CUCUUUCUGAAACUACUUUGAUUUCGGUCUUUCUUUUUUCUCGCACUCGCUUCUCUCUCAUUCUUCAACGAGAACCCGAAACUUCCAAAACCAGUCAACGGUGAUUCCUCGUAUGAUGUCGAAUAUUUAAUCUCACAACCAGGCAUAUUUCUGAUUUGUGGUUGGGGAAGGAAAGAAAAUGGACAAGGUUCAUGAAAAGCUUGAUGAAGCUAAAGCUGAGAUUGAGAAGCUCAGGGCAGAAUACAAAAGCAAAGCAGAAUUAUGCGAGAACUUGAAGAAAGCCCACAAUGAACAGCUCAUUAAAAGCAAGGAAGCAAGUCUGAAAAGUGAGAAGCAAUCUCAAGAACUAAAUGAAAAGGUAGAAGAAAUCUCUGUGGCAAAGCAAAUGUGUGAGGAACUUAAAUGCAGUUUGAAUAAAAAAGAGUCCAUCAUUAGACAAUUGAGUGCUGCAAAUGAUAAGCUUAGAGUUGAUUGUGAUGAGAAGUCCCUCAAAUGGGAAAAAGAAAACAGAGAUUUGGUGUUGGCUUUAGAUCAGGCCAAUGAGAAGAUCAUGGAUCAAGAGAAAAAUCUUCGUGCGUAUAGGGAAGAGAUUGAAGGCCUCAAGGGGUGUCUAUCGGUUUCACAGAAGAAGUGUUUGGAAGCAGGUAAAAGAGCUGAAGCAUCUAAAGAACUGAGAGAAAGAGAUGAUAUGUUGCUCAAUUCGGAGGAGGAGAAGAUGAAGCUUCAAGAUCAGCUAAAGUGGAAAAAGGAGCAAUUUGCACAUCUACAAGAAGCACAUGAAAAGCUACGAAAUCAGUUCAAGACCAGUAAGAAGGACUGGGAGCAGGAGAGAUCUACAUUGCUUGACGAGAUUUGUUCACUACAGACCAGGUUAGAUUCUCAAACCAGGAUCUCUGAAGAUCUGAAAAAGAGGUUACAAAUGUGCAACCAAGCCCUGACCCAUGAAGAAAGCCGGAGAAAGUAUCUGGAAGCUCAAGUUUCUGAAUUCCAGAAACAAUCUGAGAAUGCGUUUGCAGAGUACCAGGAUGCAAAAUCGCUACUGGAAUGCUUGACUGCGCAAAGGGACAAAGAAAUUUCAGCUCUAAGGCAUUCAUUGGGCACAAAAGAGACGGACUAUAAAGAAAUGGAAUAUCAAGCUGCGAAACUAGAGCAAGAAAAUCAAGAGUUGCGGAUAUCCCUCAGAGAACUGCAGGAAGCUGGAAUACAAGAAUCAGGAGCUUCAUCUUCUCAGGCAAAGCUACGAAACAAGCUCAAAAGUUUGGAGCAGAUGCACAGAGAUAGCACCGCAAAACUUAGGGCUAAAGAAGCUGAAUUGAACUCUCAAAUGGAAAAGAUGGCAGGAGACCUGAAUGGCUGUCGGUCAGAGUUGGAGAAUAAAGAUGUUGCAAUAGAAGAGCUUAGGAUGGAGUUGGAAGGCUAUCAGUCUUUAGCUAUGCAGUUGAAGUUGCAAAAUGAGGAGAUCUCCGUGAUGUUACUGGUGUUGAAACUGGGAAUUUCUGAGGCUCAGUUGCGGCUUGCAAACGAAAAGGCCGAAAUGGAUGUGCAAGACAAAGAGAGAGAAGAGAAGGUUUCCCUAUUGAUGAAGCAGCUGGAGAUGAAUAAUGCUGCUCUUUCUGCAAAUAGGGCUAAAGAAGCUGACUUGAGCUCUCAACUGGAAAUGAUGGCAGGAGACCUGAAUGAAUGUCGGUUGGGGUUGGAGAAUAAAGAUGCUGCAAUAGAAGAGCUUAGGAUGGAGUUGGAAGGCAGCCAGUCUUUAGCUAUGCAGUUGAAGUUGCAAAAUGAGGAGAUCUCGGUGAUGUUACUGGUGUUGAAACUGGGAAUUUCUGAGGCUCAGUUGCGGCUUGCAAACGAAAAGGCCGAAAUGGAUGUGAAAGACAAAGAGAGAGAAGAGAAGGUUUCCCUAUUGAUGAAGCAGCUGGAGAUGAAUAAUGCUGCUCUUUCUGCAAAUAGGGCUAAAGAAGCUGGCUUGAGCUCUCAAAUGGAAAUGAUGGCAGGAGACCUGAAUGACUGUCGGUUGGGGUUGGAGGAUAAAGAUACUGCAAUAGAAGAGCUUAGGAUGGAGUUGGAAGGCUGUCAGUCUUUAGCUAUGCAGUUGAAGUUGCAAAAUGAAGAGAUCUCCGUGAUGUUACUGGUGUUGAAACUGGGAAUUUCUGAGGCUCAGUUGCGGCUUGCAAACGAAAAGGCUGAAAUGGAUGUGCAAGACAAAGAGAGAGAAGAGAAGGUUUCCCUAUUGAUGAAGCAGCUGGAGAUGAAUAAUGCUGCUCUUUCUGCAAAUAGGGCUAAAGAAGCUGGCUUGAGCUCUCAAAUGGAAAUGAUGGCAGGAGACCUGAAUGACUGUCGGUUGGGGUUGGAGGAUAAAGAUACUGCAAUAGAAGAGCUUAGGAUGGGGUUGGAAGGCAGUCAGUCUUUAGCUAUGCAGUUGAAGUUGCAAAAUGAGGAGAUCUCCGUGAUGUUACUGGUGUUGAAACUGGGAAUUUCUGAGGCUCAGUUGCGGCUUGCAAACGAAAAGGCUGAAAUGGAUGUGCAAGACAAAGAGAGAGAAGAGAAGGUUUCCCUAUUGAUGAAGCAGCUGGAGAUGAAUAAUGCUGCUCUUUCUGCAAAUAGGGCUAAAGAAGCUGGCUUGAGCUCUCAAAUGGAAAUGAUGGCAGGAGACCUGAAUGACUGUCGGUUGGGGUUGGAGGAUAAAGAUACUGCAAUAGAAGAGCUUAGGAUGGGGUUGGAAGGCAGUCAGUCUUUAGCUAUGCAGUUGAAGUUGCAAAAUGAGGAGAUCUCCGUGAUGUUACUGGUGUUAAAAUUGGGAAUUUCUGAGGCUCAAUUGAAGCUUGCGAACGAAAGGGCUGAAAUGGAUGUACAUGACAAGGAGAGAGAAGAGCAUGUUUCUCUAUUGAUGAAGCAGCUAGAGAUGAAGAAUGCUGCUCUCUUUGCAAAAAGGGAUAAAGAAGCUGAAUUGAGCUCUCAAACGGAAAAGAUGGCAGGAGACUUGAAAGCCUGUCAGUUUGAGUUGGAGAAUAAAGAUGCUGCAAUAGAAGAGCUUAGGAUGGAGUUGGAAGGCUGUCAGUCUCUAGCUAUGCAGUUGAAGUUGCAAAAUGAGGAGAUUUCUGUAAUGUUACUGGUGUUAAAACUGGGAAUUUCUGAGGCUCAAUCAAAGCUUGCGAACGAAAGGAUCGAAAUGGAUGUGCAUGACAAAGAGAGAGAAGAGAAGGUUUCCCUAUUGAUGAAGCAGCUGGAGAUGAAGAAUUCUGCUCCUUCUGAGGCUCAAUUGAAGCUUGCAAAAGAGAAGGCUGAACUGGAUGUGUAUGCCAAAGAGAGAGAGGAUAAUGUUUCUUUGUUGAUGAAGCAGCUGGAGAUGAAGAACGCUGCUCUGUUAAGAGCCCAGAAAGACACUGUAGGAGAACGUGAGAAGGCUGAAUCUUUGGAUGGGCAGCGACUUUUAAUGCAGAAAGAACUUGAGAGGUACAAGGAUUUGCUCGAGGAAUCGUCCAGGUGUCAACUUCGCUUGAAAGAACAAGUUUUGAAGAUGGAGAGUAGCUCAAAGGAGAAACUUGGAGAAGUUUGUGAGGCCUUAGAAAGGGCAAAUGCUGAAUAUGCUGAGAAAAUCUGUGAAAAUAAUGAGAUUGAAUUUGAAUUGCAGAUAUGGAAAUCAAUAGCUGAACGUUUGAAAUGUGAUCUUGAAGAAAAUCAUGCAGUGCGGAAAGAGCUAGAAGCUUCUCUUCUCUCACAAGUUGAUGUAGGGGAAACGAUCAAGCAAGAGAAGAAUAGCCUUAUCCAGAUGUUAGAAGAGAGGGACCGAAGAAUAGAUGAUCUCCAGCAACAGAUUGUGUUCCUGGACCAGAAGCUUGGCGCAAGGGAAACAGAAGCUGCUAGUUUUGCAGGAAUGGAGACAGAAAUGUCCUUUGAUCCAGAGAAAGUGAGCUUUUUCCAGACUACAAGAGAGAAGGAUAAGGUUUUAGAGCAAUUUGAGAAAGAGGUUGCGUGGCUAGAGCAAGAAUCAUUGAGAAGAGAACUUGAAAGUGCUGUGCUUUCACAAACUGUGGCAGAGAGAACAUUUGCGCAUGAGAAAGAGAAACUUAUCCACCAACUAGAAGAUAAAAACCAAAGACUACAUGAUCUCAUGCAACAAGUGAAGUCAUUGGAACAAGAGUUUAAUAGCUCAUUAGUCUCUUUUUCUUCACAGCUUGCUAAGAAGCAGGCAGAGAUUAAUUUGGUCCAUGAAGCUUGGGAGAGGCUUACUGCAGCUGAGUUACUGACUGUAUUAGAAGUUGAAGAGAAGAAGUUGAUGAUUGUGGAGCUGGAGGAUGAUAUCAGUAAUAUGCACCAGAAACUGGAAUUGCAGGAACAAUCCUUCUGUCAUUCAAGACAGCAGGCACUGGAAAUUGAAGCUGAACUGGAUGCAAAACAAUUGGAAAUAAAGAAUUUGACAACCCAAAUGGAGACAAAGCUGAGAACUUCGGAUGCCUUAGUUAACGAGCUUAAGAACGAAAAGAGAAGUUUACUGGAGGAUGCCAUGAAAUUGUUGUCAGAUAGGGAAAACUUGUUGGGUUUUAUUACGGGAAUGGGUGAUGGGAUCAGUGAGUUCUCCACUGAAAACUCACAACUGAUGAGUGAUUUGAGCCAGAUGGUGCAGUCUUUUGACAACAAUGAUUCAGGAAUGGUUUCGAAGGACGAUGAGGAGCUCUUUCAGUCUGUAAAAGAGAACUGGAAUAUCCAUUCUUCUCCGGCGACAAAGAAAUGUGAAGUGAUUUCUGAUGGAAGACCGCCAUUUAGAGAGCGCAACAAUUAACUGCGGAAAGAAGCUCCGAAGCUCCGCGUUAUUGCUUCUUUGUAAACAUGUUUCAGGCUUUCAGCGUGGAUUCCUUUUAGCUCUUGUCUAUGACUGAUUUAUGCAUGUAUUUGUUUAUAUUUCUGCCAGUGACAAAUUACCACAAAUUCAGAUUUAUUUGUUUGAUGGGCCAGAAUGUUUCUUGUA